AUGGCGCAGUACAAGGGCACCUUGCGCGAGGCCGGCCGUGCCAUGCACCUGCGGCAGAAACGCGAGCAGCAGAAGGCGCAGCUGGCCGUGCUCAAGGAGCGCAUCGCGCAGGAGACCCUCCUCAAGUCCCAGGUGGACAAGAAGUUCUCGGCGCACUACGACGCCGUGGAGGCCGAGCUCAAGUCCAGCACGGUGGGCCUGGUGACCCUCAACGACAUGAAGGCCAAGCAGGAGGCGCUGGUCAAGGAGCGUGAGAUGCAACUGGCCCAGCGAGAGUGGCGGCAAAGGCAGCUGGAGGCCCGGCAGGAGCGUGCCAAGCGACGGGAGCGCACGAGCCAGGCCUGCACUCUGUCCUUCUCCCUCAAUGACCUGGACGACGAGGAGGAUGACCAUCGAGACAGCCAGGAGGACGGGGAGGCAGGCCAGGGCCUGGAGCAAGGCCUGGAGCAGGGAUGCACACAGGGGCCAUCUGGAGAGGAGGCACCUGCGUGCAGGAGGAACCUGGGCAAGAACCCUGAUGUGGACACCAGCUUCCUCCCGGACAGGGAGCGCGAGGAGGCCGAGACCCAGCUGAGGGAGGUGCUGAGACGCGAGUGGGAGGCCCACUGCGAGAAGGUGAAGCUUGAGGAAGUGGAGGUGACGUUCAGCUACUGGGAUGGCUCUGGCCACAGGCGCACCGCACUGGUGCGCAAAGGCAGCACCGUCCAGCAGUUCCUCAAGUCGGUCCUGCCCGGCCUGCGCCAGGACUUUGGCGAGUUGCGGGCCGCUGGCGUGGAGCAGCUGCUGUUCGUCAAGGAGGACCUGAUCCUGCCGCACCACCGCACCUUCUACGACUUCAUCGUGGCCCGUGCCCGUGGCAAGAGCGGGCCCCUCUUCAGCUUCGAUGCCCACGACGACGUGCGGCUGCGCUCCGACGCGUCGAGGGAGAAGGACGAGUCGCACGCGGGCAAGGUGGUGCUGCGCAGCUGGUACGAGAAGAACAAGCACAUCUUCCCCGCCAGCCGCUGGGAGCCCUAUGACCCGGAAAAGAAGUGGGAGCGGUACACGGUGCGGUGA